AUGUACGGUCACAGUGGGGCAGGACAGAUCGGGAAUGUCACAGUCAGUUUCGGCGCCAGUGAUGGCCGUACCACUGUUGUUGAUGCUGCUGACGCUGCUAAUGGUGGUGGUGGUGGUGAUGAUGGUGGUGGUGGUGGUGGUGGUGGUGGUGGUGGUGGUGGUGGCGGUUGUGGUGGUGGGCACACUAGGCAAUGGGAUGUGGUUUUGGCUAGACAUGGUGGAUCUACAAGCUGGGCUUGGUGCGCCGAUUGUGAAGUGAAAUUCGCUGUUGUGGAUACGCAUGUGACAUAA